AUAUAAAUAAAUGCAAUUAAAUUGUCUAUUUUAAUGUAUCAAGCAACUUUUGUCAAUCUUUGUAAAAAUUAUCCAUUAUUUUCAAUCAGGGGUGCGUGCGUGCGUUUCAAUUUUCUUUUACAGGAAAAAAAAACACUUUCUGUCUCUGACCCACAUAUGACACACAACAAAUUUAUUUAGUUGAAUAAAGCCUUUUCUCAGUACAGGUGUCAAUGCUGAUUUGAGUCUUUUUUUGAGAGUGCAAGCACUUGAAAUGUCAGCUCUGUCGACACCUACAGAUCUGCUUUAUCGCCUGGCAGCCAAUAAUUUCCUCCACAAUGCACUGUGUUUGAAAUCAGACUGAUAAUGUGGACAAAAUGACUAAUUCUAUUGUACUGAACUGCACACACGUCUCUGCACACAAACUGCUCAUUUUCUGUCUUGUUUUUCUCUUGUAGGGAUGGCUAAUGCUCUGCUGACUGCCGUUCCUCCUGUGUUUGGACUGUAUUCAUCUUUCUACCCUGUUCUUGUCUAUUUUGUGUUUGGUACAUCAAAGCACAUCUCUGUGGGCACUUUUGCCAUCAUGUCUGUGAUGGUGGGCACAGUCACAGCUGAUGUGCUUCUCCCCGGCAGCAGCAGCACAGAGAAUCAACAUGCUGAUAGUGCUCGUGUGGCUCUUGCGUCUCAGCUGACCAUCCUGUGUGGGCUAAUACAGAUUGUGCUGUAUGUGUUGCGCUGUGGAGGAGUGUGUCGAUGGUUGUCCAAGCCGCUGGUCAGUGGAUACACCACAGCCGCAGCCGUCCAUGUGGCCAUAAACCAGCUGCCUUUACUGAUGGGCAUCUCAAUCCAGAGGCAUAGAGGCCUGCUGACUGUCGUCUGGAUGUUUUCCAGCAUCGUGUCUGGGAUCAGAAGAGUUUUACCGGCGACACUGGUGGUCUCCUUCAUCUCACUGGUGGUACUUGUUGGUGGCAAGAUGGUGAAUUCACGCUGGAGCACUCGAUUCCCUGUUCCAUGGGAGCUGGUGCUGAUUAUCUUUGCCACUCUGUCAUCAGUGCAGUUGGAUUUGUCGGGUCAGUAUGGAAUACAGAUCAUUGGACCCAUACCGACCGGUCUGUCACCUCCCUCCCUUCCAUCAUUUUCCUUCUCUCAGGAGCUGGUGUCAACAGCUCUUGCGCUGGCGGUGGUUGGCUAUGGUUUCCAAGCUUCACUAGGCAUGAUGUUUGCUCAUAAACACGGGUAUCCCUUUCACAGCAAUCAGGAGCUGUUGGCGAUGGGUCUGUGUAACUCUAUUGGGGGGGUGUUCCAGUGUUUUCCAGUAAGUGGAUCCAUAUCCCGCAGCACAGUGCAGGAGAGCACAGGAGGGAAAACUCAGAUGUCUUCUCUUGUGUCUUCACUAGUAAUUCUGUUGAUUUUGCUGAAAUUAGGCCCACUUUUUCAGCAGCUACCAAAGACAGUUUUGGCUGUCAUUAUUUUAGUGAAUCUCCAAGGGGUUUUUGCACAAGUGAAAGAAGUGCCCAAGCUUUGGAAUACAGACCGCAUGGACUUGGUAGUGUGGGUAGUAACGCUGCUCAGUGCCCUGGUGUUUAAUCUGGACCUGGGGCUCGGCAUUGCAGUUGUGUUCUCUCUCCUGACCAUCGUCUUCAGGAUACAAAGGGCGAAGUCUGCGAUUCUUGGGCAUAUUGCUGGCACAGACUGUUACAGAGAUCUGGAUAAAUACUCAAAGGCAAUCCAGGUGCCUGGAGUGACUGUGUUCUCCUGUUUUAACCCACUUUACUAUGCAAAUGCAGAUCAGACCUUCACAUCACUUAAACAGGCAGUCACUAAAGGCAUUAAGGAGAAUCCAGAAAUGUGUCCUCCAAAUCAGCAGGGGGCUUCAAGUGCCCAACAUUGUGUGAUUCUGGAGCUCAGCGGUGUCACCUUCAUGGACUCGGUGGCUAUGGGCUCAUUUAAAUCAGUGCUGCAGGACUUUGAGAACAAGCAGACUUUGUUUUUCUGUGCUGCAUCUCCAGAUGGUUUACUGUCUCAGAUGAAGAGUCAUGGUUUAGUUCCAGAUCUUCUGUCUCUUUCUUCAUUUUUCCCUUCAGUGCAUCAUGCAGUCUUGCACUAUCAAGGACUACAGAAUAUUGGCACAGAAGUUACAGAGUUGUGAACUGUAACGAACUCUUCCUUUAAUGACUGAUGGCAAACACAUCAAUCUACAAGAACUCUCAUCAUGGUGAUAUGCAGCAUCAUGGUGAUAUGACCAUGAUUAGUCAACCUUUUACUAUAAAAUAUAAAGUGUCCUCAAAACAUUGUUUACUUCAUAUCUGUUAUGCAACAUUAUCAUUUAUUAUUGUCAUGUUAAGUUUGAUGAUGAAGAAAUAAUUUAUGUGCAAAACAACAUGGAGUUCAUCUAAGAAUAGUCAAACUGCACCAGCUCAUUGCAAUUCAUUUCAGUUCAGUUUUUGAACUAAGUAACAGUAAAUAACGAUGAGAGUAAAUAAUAUUUUACUAGUGAUUUUUCAAGACACUUCUAACAUUUAAAGGCUUAACUAGAUUAA